AUGGCAAAAGCUGGAGGUGUGACUCAUUUGUUUGCUGAACUUUCAUCCCUGGAUGAUCUGAAUUCUCUUUUAGGAAGGUCUGCAAGAUUGAAGUACACUUGUUUGUCAGUAUGCAGAAAAUUCUUGGCACUUGGUUCUAAUUCUGGAGGAGUGUACAUAUUUAGUAGAGACACUCUAAAGUAUUUGCAAGUCGUCUUUGGAGACACUGAAGCAAGCCUCGUUGUGAGUGUCAGUUUGUCACCUUCAGAUCAACAUGUGGCUAUUGCUUUGAGCACAGGUCAUGUUGCUGUGUUUGAGCUCAAUAUUGACAGAAGGAUUAAGCCAGAGCGUGUACGCUAUACCCAGGAUCAUACGGGACACAUUGUGACAGCUCUAGCUUGGGAUGCAGCAUCUGCCAGGGUGUUUGUUGGAGAUAACACCGGAAAAAUCUCUACCAUUUUCAUACCCAAUAAGGGCAAAAGUUUAUUUGCUUCUCCAUCAGAAGUAAUUGCGUACGUUGAAUCCUCUGUGUAUCAGAUGGAAUGGUGGAAGGAUAAACUGCUUGUGUCCACAUUAACACACACUCACCUCUUCGACACAGUCAGGCAAAACUACUGCACCAUCGGAACAAAGUCGAGACAAGGAGAGUAUGGCUCUUGCUUUUAUAUGGAGCCAAAUUCAAAAGCCACUGUUAUCUACUGUGCCAGGCCUGGGUCACGUAUGUGGGAGGUUGGCUCAGACGGCAAGGUCCUAAACACUCACCAGCUGAAACAGUUGCUGGCGGUUGCGCCAACUCCAGUUAUCAGGCUUGGAAAUGAGCAGUUUGAUUUUUCGAAUGUCCCACAAGCAGGCCAUUCUGUCAACUUCUGCAAAAUGUUUCAUAUCAGUCAGUUCAUCAUCACCUGGAGCUCUAAAGGCCUGUACUUAUUUGACCCCAUCAAUGUUAAAGUCAUGAUCUGGACCCAAAGUUUUCAAGGAAUCAAAGACAUGAGUGUCUACAACAACGAUGUCUACCUGUUUCUUGAAGGCGGCUCCAUACACAGGGUGACCUUACUUCCGAUUUACCAGCUGUUUAUAGUUUUGUGCAACAGAGGGUUGUGGACACUCUCAUCCAGCCUUCUGCUUGCUGCUGAUCAGGUGGGUGUCAGACUGGCUGUGAUGAAGAAGGUUAAGAGGGAUCUACUGAAAGACAUUCUUGCAGGUUUGAAGAGCCAAGGCAAAGAUGCAAUUGUGGAAAAGGUCAAGGCCUUUAUGGAGGAUGUCAGCGAAGGAUCUGUUGAAUCUGUCGAAGCCAUUAAUGACUUCAUGGAUUCCAUAGAGGUCAAAGGUCACACUUACCUCCCAUCUGGAAUGGUGAUUGUUAGUGGAGGUGUUGCAGUGACACAGCCCUGGGAAAAGAAGCCGCUGGAAAAAGUGAACUCUCUAGGAGCUGAAGAUAUGAAUAAUGUACAAACAAGAAGCUGUUUAGACCCAGAUGAUAUUGAGCUUCAGAGGAGUAAUACCCACAUAGAAAGUUAUAGUGUUACUGAGUCACCUGUUGAAGGGAAACAGAAAGAAGAAUGCAACAAUGAACAAAUAGAAAACAGUGGUGUAAUUAAUCUAGAUAAAGCAGAGGAAGACAGAAUACCUCCUUCAGGGCCAGUUAGUGAAUGGGCUAUUUCUGAGCAGUUUUCUGCUAAGGACUCGAAAUGGGAAAGUGGGAAUGCACAAAAGGAAAAUUUUAAUCUAUGGAAUAAUUCAGACCAAGAACAUGUAGUAGAAUUAGACAACAGUAUGCUGCAGUCGGAAAACUGCUUACUUCCUGCUACACACAUAGCACAAGACAUCAUUCCUUCGUCUGAUUCACAAAUGUAUGAUAAUCAAAGCCAGUUAUUGUGUGAUGAUAUGACAAUAGAUAGCAGUUUAGAUAAGAACAGUAGCUAUGCUGCUGAAAUUGCUUUAAUGGCUAGUCAAGUGCAAAAGGUUGACAAUGUUGCAGAUGAAUCUUUGUAUCAAUGUGCCAUUCUUGAUAAUGUCAAUGAAUCAAAUGAUUUUCAAAAUGUCAACUCCAUGUUUAUAGAAAACUCUAGUAUGCAAGUGAAAGCAACUGAAGGUAUUUCAGAAAGGGAUGUUACAUUUAAUUUUGUGACUGAAAGAAGAUUUUCUGCAAAUUCUGAAAGUUUUCCUUGCACAUUAGAAAGAAGAACAUCUGCACAAGAAGGAGCAAGUGAUCUUUCAUUCUCGGAAGGUGAUACAUACCUUGUGAAGCCCCAGAGCAGCACACACAAAGAUAUCAUUGAUGACCAGAGCAGCACACACAAAGAUAUCAUUGAUGACCAGAGCAGCACACACAAAGAUUUCAUUGAUGACCAGAGCAGCACACACAAAGAUAUCAUUGAUGAUUCCUAUUCCACUGAAUAUUUGUCUUGCAUAUCAAGUGAGAAUACGCUUGAUGAAAAUUCUACAAUUGCACAACCUGUAAGGGUGUCGAAGAAGAGAAGAAAGAGGAAUGAAGAGAAUGUUCUCCGCUCUCUUUCACCGGUCUUGCUGACAACAGUAUCUGUCGGGGAUGACCUUGAGGAUCAAUUCAUGCAAGGACUGGACAUUGAAAUGGACAGCAUCUCCAUAGCAACCAUCAGCAGUAUUGAAGAGGAAAGUAAUGUUGGCUCUCCGGAUUCUGGCUCAAUUGCUGGAGAUGUAGAGGCUGCUGAACCAGUGGCUGGGCACAAGUUUUCACCAGAACUUUCUUCCUUGAUGCCUCCAGAGUUACUGGGUAAAAAAAGAAAUAUUGUCUACUUCAGUCGUUGUUGCUUUAAAUUUAAUAAUUUUAGUUUUCAUGGUGAAAGGCGAUAUGAGGUUAUCCCCCCUUUGAUAGACAGGCUGAACGCUGCCCAUCGGUCGGCUAGUAGUGAUGACAUGCUUGCUAGUCUGCACCAGGACUCUCCCUCCGGCAGCCCACUUUCCAUGUCCUCAGAGAACUUCUUGCCAGUUGGAUCAUCGAGGGCUUCACUGACGGCAUUCAAAGAUGGACUUUCAUUAAAAUUGAAGACUCAGACAAAGUCACUGAUCAAGACAUUCAAAGAGAAGAAUCCACUUACCAAGUCUUCAAACUCAGCAGCAAUUUCAGUAAUUUCUCCUCUGCAGCUUGAGAGGUCAGCGAAAGAUGGCAUCAACAGUCAAGCACCAAACGGAGAUCAACCUGACGGAUUUGCUGAGAUUGACAAGACUGCCAGAUUCAAAAGUUUGGCAGCGUCUGCUGCAAAAACACCAGGGCUUUACGUCUUUGCCUUGGAUAUUCAAAAAAUGUUGAAUGAUUGGGCUGUUGAAUUGAACUCAGCCUUGUCUCGUUAUCAUGAAGAGCUGGUGAAGAGAAAGAAUGAGGAGCAGCUUCAUGAGGAAAGAUUACUUAGCCAUGAGUUAGAAAAUGGUGGAAAUAAUGAAAAUACAGACGCUAGUCAUGAAGUCAACAAUGAGAAACAUCUUGUUUUAAAAACACAUAACGGUGUGGUUGUUGAUGAUUCAAGUUUAAUAACUUCGCAAGGAAAUCAUAACAUGACUUCAGAUAUUUCUGUUGCGGCUUCUAGUGAAUCAAAUAUUAAAUUUACUCAGUCUCCAGACCUGUCUCAUUUGGAAUAUGUAAAUCUUACACCCACAUACUGGGCUGAUGUCGUGCAUUGUGAUGACCCAUUUCAUUUGCCCAGCAAGCAUUUGGAUUUGUUUAGAACUCUCACCACCAUGUGUUUUGUGAGUGGAGUAACUGGAGACAUCCUUCAACAUUUUAACUUUACAGAUGAAGUUCAUUUGAGAAGUUUUGCGCAAGCAAUUUUACCACCCUCUGUUUAUGAAUUAUUCAGUCCAGAUUGUACUUGUCUCAUGUCUUUAUUUCCUGAUCAACACAUUUCCUGUGAUCAUGAUCUUCAUCAGCACAAGAGAAAUGUGAGUGAGGGCAUGAAAAAUGGUAAACAGAGCCAGCCCCCUGGAGCUUUGGUUCAAAAUGCAGCGGGAACUAGUCCGAAAGUUGCAGACGUGAGCCCGAUUCAUGUGCAGGAAUUUGAUAACUCAUCUUUGAGUAGCUCAGUUUCCAUUCAUGAGACAAAGAAAAAAAUCUCGCCAGGUCCUGUUAACAAAUUAAAACUUUGUUAUUGCCAAAGAAGCUCGGUUAGUUGGAGCGAGAAUGAACAGCUGAAACAAGAUGUCAGCAUGGCUUUGUUUAUUCGUCACUUCUUCUUCGCUUUAGACUACGAGAAAGUCAAACAGGUGCUGGAGAAACAGAAGAGUAGGAUGUUUAUUGCCUGGGUCAGCCUUGUUCUGUGCUGUAGAGAGAAAGGCAGAGGAGAUAUUGUCAGCAGUAUCUUGACAGAGAAGCAGAUCAGUUCUGCUAUAGAUUACUUGAGAUCAGGUAUCUUGCCGAACCAAUCAGCUUUGCUGGGGCAUAUUUACAGUUUGUUUGAGAUGGCUGCGGUGAAAACUAGUGAGUUUUGUGGUGAGAUAUGGGAGACUAUCAAGCCAGCUGAUGUGAUCCAGCUCUGCUGCUUGUGUUCAAAGCACCCAGCGGCAUAUCUCCUCAGGUACUUCAAGCAAGCCAUGAUCUCUCUGACAACAACAGCCAGGCCAGCAGUCUUCAGUCAGUUGUGUGCCAACAGGGAUGUCAGGUGUUUGCUUUUGCAAACCAUUCUAUCGCCAGAAUCAAAUGAUGGAUCGGCAGAUGGAAUCAGCAGCCUGGCAACUCAGUUGAAAGCUGUCCUGCCAUUUGAUUGGCUGAACAGCCUGCUUUCGUUGAUCACUUCAGAUGAUGAUAGAGAGAGGAUCGUGCAGCUGUGUGCAAAAAUUGGUCAUCCAGUUGUGAGUGUGAAAUUGCUGAGUGAAGCCAAUCAGUGGCAGAAACUACUUCAGCUGAUUUUGGAUUUGAACGACAUCACUCUGUUGACUGGUGCCCACGAUGGUUAUAUUCCAAAGAAUGAACAAGAAUGGAAGUUCCUCUUGAGGCGUUUCAAUAACAAGUGGUCGGAUGAUAAAUCUGCACCUGCCCCAGCAGAGAGAGUUGUUUAUAGUCAAGACAGCAUAGCUGAAGAACAAAGCCCUCAUCUUGAUUCCUCAGACAGUAACCUACCUGUCUUCAGUAUUCUUGAUGUAGAUGAUGGUAUAGAAGAUUCUGGAGCCAAAGCUGAAGAUUCCAAAACUGCCAAAGAACAAAUUAAUCCCGCAUCUGUUGAAGAUGCUGAGUCCAGGAAUUCAAGAGAAGAUCGUCUGUCCCUGAGAUAUGAGUCUUUCUCAACGGAGCACAGACAUGAUCUUGUGGUGCAGGACAAGAGCAUCACCUGGAACUCUUUGGGUUGUCUGCUGCUGAAGCAUGUUGGUGGAGCUGCAGCCAUUGAUCUGCUCAUGGAGCAUUUGCAUGACCCUCUGGUGGCCAAGAACUGCUUGAGUGCUGGGUUUAUGAAGGCUUGCUACCUGGACUUUAUUGUAAAGAUGGAGCAGAACUGUGUUACACAUGAUAUCCUGGAGAAGAUGUCAGUCUACAUGUGGAAAAAGAAACCUGACUACCUGCCUCCACCAGUAGUUCAUGCCAUCAAAACUGAGAAGUUAAUCAAAAAGGGAGAAGGGGAUGAUGUUGCAAUGCAAGGCCUGUUCAGUCAAGUGAAGGCACUCAGCAGCAAGGACUUGAUGUCUGAAAAUUUGGGAAGUCAAUGGGGCCACGAGGUCAUAAUUUCAAGCCACUGUCUGUGCUGCCACCUGCCUUUGAAAUCGGUGAUGUCUUUGACUGUACAAGGCGUAGUCAUUUUUCCAUGCGGCCAUGCAUUUCACAGAUGUUGUGCCUCUGACACAGUGUGUCCACUGAUUCACUGA